AGCGGCGAGGGCGUGCGCUGCAAGAGCAGGACCCUCGAUAAGGAGCCCAAGAGCAUCAAAGAUGUCCCCGAGUGGAAUUUCGAUGGCUCCAGCACGGCGCAGGCAGAGGGCUCCAACAGUGACAUGUUCCUGGUGCCCGUCCGCAUGUUCAGGGACCCUUUUUGCCUGGACCCCAACAAGCUGGUGCUCUGCGAAGUGCUCAAGUACAACAGGAAACCUGCAGAGACCAACCUGAGACACACGUGCAAGAAAGUUAUGGACUUGGUUAAGGACAGCCACCCGUGGUUUGGGAUGGAGCAGGAGUACACGCUGCUGGGCAUCAACGGGCACCCCUACGGCUGGCCCGACAACGGCUUCCCCGGCCCGCAGGGCCCCUAUUACUGUGGGGUUGGGGCAGAUAAGGUGUAUGGGCGUGAUAUCGUGGAGUCCCACUACAAGGCCUGUCUCUACGCGGGGGUGAAGAUCUGUGGCACCAAUGCAGAGGUGAUGCCCUCCCAGUGGGAAUUCCAGGUGGGCCCGUGUGAAGGCAUCGAGAUGGGGGAUCACCUCUGGAUGGCUCGGUUCAUCCUCCACCGCGUCUGUGAGGACUUUGGGGUUGUGGCUACUCUGGACCCCAAACCGAUGACCGGCAACUGGAACGGCGCUGGGUGUCACACCAACUACAGCACCGAGGAGAUGAGGAGAGAAGGGGGUCUCAAGUGA